AUGCCCUCCCAGCCAAGGAAUGGGGACUUGAAAAUCAUUGAAGUAGAUCAAUCCGAACCACAAAUAAAACAGUCGGAGGUACCAACGCAGAAAACUCAAACUAACUCAGAUCAGACUGUAAGAUCGUCGGAAGGCGAAUCACAAUCAGCUCCUAUGACGAACUUAAUUGAACAAAAAGCCGAACAGAUCCAAUUAAAGGAAGGAGGAGGAGGAGACGAGAUAGUAAAAGCCUUGAGACAAGUAGUUUCCAUGCCAAAAAUCAAAUAUAUGCACUUUGAGGGUGAUGCAAUAAAUUAUGCCUCCUUCAUGCAUAAUUUUGAGACUUGCUUAGAAAAGGACAAUCCAGAUAAUUCUACUAGACUUCAACUCCUAAUACAACAUUGCACUGGUAAAGCACGUGAUGCUAUUGAGAGUUGUGUUAACUUACCUGCCCAGGAAGGUUAUAAUAUCGCGAAGAACACACUGUAUGAAAAUUUUGGCAAACCGCACAUAAUUGCAAAGGCUCAUGUUCUAAAGUUGAUGAAUUUGCCGCUAUUGAAGCAAGCAGAUGGACCAAGUUUGUUGGAGUUAACUCGACAUCUGGAAGUGGCAAACAGAACCCUUGCUAGUAUGGGGCCAGAAUAUGAAAGCGAGCUGGACCAUAUGAACACCCUACGCGAAUUAAAUCGUAAGCUACCACUAUUUAUGAGAGUUAGGUGGACAGAAUGUGCGGGCUCUAUUAUCGAAUCUGGUUCUAGACCUAAAUUUAAAGAUUUCCUUUUGUUUGUGAAGAAAAGAGCCAAACUCGUGAACAACGAAUUCGGAGAAGAUCUCUGUUCUGGCGUCGUAAGGAAAGAUGGAGGCAAGAGAUUAGAAGGGAAAAAGGGUCCCUCUGCGAGAACUAGUUCGUUUGCAGCUGGAGCGUACAAACGAGAGAACGGUAGAGAUGGAAACUUUAAAGAAAGGAGAACAUCAAACAUGAAAUGCCUCAUUUGUCAAGAAGGCCAUAGGAUAUGGAAAUGCGAUAAGUUUAAGAAACUUCCUUAUCACGAAAAGAUGAAGUUUGUUCAAGAACACGAAUUUUGUUUCAGGUGCCUUACUAGAGGGCAUUAUGCCAGAUCUUGUCCCAAGACUGAUCUUAAAUGUCGAGUAGAAGGAUGCGGAAAGGGCCACAAUACGUUGUUACAUCCACCACAAACGAAUACGUCCAGUAAAGAGGAUUCAAAGGACAAACUGUGUGAAGGAAAUAACACAAACAAGAAGAGGGAACCGUACAAAGAGGGAAGUCCAGAUGAAGUAAAGGUAGCAGUUGCAACUGGGGCCGGAGACCGCGUGUGCCUUAGCGUUGUCCCACUGAAAGUGAAAGCAAAGGGGGAAAAUCGACCGUCAGUCAGAACUUACGCACUAAUGGAUAGCGGUUCAGAAGUAACACUGGGUCAUAAAAGUUUGCAAAAUCAACUUGGAAUAACUGGGCGAAAGCUUGACUUCACAUUGACAGGGAUGACUGGAUCGACUGAAUUAAAGAGUGAAUUAGUGGAUAUCGUUCUAUGGACGACAGCACAGUGGUUGAAUUACCAAACGUCAGAACGGUGA